GUGUGAGAGUGUGAGGAGAGGUGAGAUGGAGUCAGAGGAGACAGAAGGACGCACUUUAGUGCAGGUGAUCAGUGAGAAGUACAGCCCGGAAAACUUCCCAUACUGCCGUGGGCCAGGAGUUGGAGUGGUGAUCCGGUCGAGUCCCCAGGGUUCACCUGUCAAAGAUCGUCUGAAUCUGCCCAGAAUCCUGGUUCUGGAUAGUUGUGGAAUCACAGAGGCCGGAGAUGAAGAGGAGGUGGCCACUUUCUGUGCUCACGUGGUUGAGUUAGACCUCUCUCACAACCAGUUAAAAGACUGGGGAGAGAUAAGUAAGAUCCUGUCUAACAUCCCUAACCUAGACUUUCUUAAUCUGAGUAUGAAUCCACUGAGAGGGUCGAGUCUUGAGCCUGGAGCUGCUGAAGCGUUCUCAGGCCUCCGCCGCCUUGUGCUCAAUAACACGCAUGUCACCUGGGACAUGGUGCACACACUUACACGAGAGAUCCUAGAGCUGGAGGAAUUGUUUUUGUGUCUGAACGAGUAUGAGAGCGUGAGUGUAUCAUCUAUACCGUGCCCGUCCCUGCGCCUGCUGCAUAUCACAGAUAACCAGCUGCAGGAUUGGGCGGAGGUUCGUAAAUUGGGCCUUAUAUAUCCAGGCCUGGUGUCUCUUAUUCUGGCAAACAACUCCCUCUCAUCUAUCCACGAGCCUGAGGACUCUCUACUGAGACUCUUCCCCAACCUGCGCAGCAUCAACCUACACAACUCAGGUCUAUGUUGCUGGGAGGACAUUGAGAAACUGAAUUUCUUCCCAAAGCUUCAAGAGGUCAGAGUGAUGGGUAUUCCUUUACUGCAGCCCUACACCGAUCAGGAGAGACGUUAUCUUAUGGUAGCACAGUUGCCUCAUGUGACUGUAUUGAACGGCAGUGUUGUCACUAAUGGAGAAAGAGAGGAUGCAGAACGCUUUUUCAUCCGCUACCACCUCGACUGCCCUGAGGAUGAGCUACCCCAGAGGUUACAUCCUCUUACAGUCGUUCCACAGACAUUAAAGGUACCACACUUUGGUAGCACGCUAUGGCCGCCUAGCCCCACUUGCAGAGGUGGAUUUGCGCCCUCUCUGUCAUGUCCAGGUAGAGGUGCGUUUUGGGGACCAGACAGAGCCCCUAGAGCUCAGAUUGGAUCAGACAGUGGCAGACCUAAAGAAGCACUUGAGAGCCAUGGUCCAGCUACCCCCAAAAAAGAUACGUGUGUACUAUAUCGACCGGCAGCUUGGCUACGCACUAGAGCCUCAGGAAAUGAAAUAUGGAGCACGAGCACUUCAUUCCUACAGUAUACGAGAUGGAGAUGAAAUCUUGGUGGUGCCCAAGACACAGUGACAGAAAAGAGAGCAACAACUGAGCACUCUUUGGAAAAAUGACUGGUUGAGUUGUUUCCAGAAUUAUUGGAAUACCUUACCUUAACAAUCUUCCAAUACAGGCAAUGUGAAUGCUGUGAACAGUGCACAGAUCAGCAUGCUUUAUGUUGAGGACAGAGUAAAACUGCCACUCUGGUUUUCCAGAAUCUUCAGUUCUAUUUAAAAAUGGUCCCUAAAAACAGAUGUUGGAUCAGAAUUUAAAAAACCCUUUUAACAUUCACUGCUCUGUGGAUGUAUGUAUACAAGAAAAAAUGUGUGUACGUAAUAAUUUUUCUUGAUGUGUGUUUAUGAGACUGCUUCUCAGGAAUUACCCACAACUGCAUACAUGCCUCUACUCUAAAGAAUAUUUUAGCAUUUAUCAAAGGUGCAGUAUGGAAUAUUUGGCCCCCUAGUAGCUGAGGUGUAAAAUUCCAAGUUACUCGCGGAGGAACAUUAUUCUGGUAAUUAUGUGAUUUGGGCUUCGACUUAGCUCUUCAGCAUGGCUGAAUAUGAUAGUUUGAGGCAUACCGGUGUAACCAUGGAUACGGGCAAUCCUUUUGUAAUAAUAAUAAUAAUAAUAAUUUAUGCAUUUAGCAGAUGCUUUUAUCCAAAGCGACUUACAGUGCAUUCAGGCUAUACAUUUUUUACCAGUAUGAAAGUUUUGAAAGAGCAAAUGUCAUUAGCAAUGUCAAAACUCGCCCCCUCCUAAAAGAAAGAAGAAGUAAGAAGACAAAUAUCCAUUAAUAAUGUCUUUUGAGCAGGUAAUAGUCUUCCACUGUAGUGGAAAGUGAUUGCUUAUAUGAUCUCUCAUAUGGUUUAUUUUUGAAUGAUCCAUUGUAUUUAUAAUGUUCCUGAGUGGUUAUGGCUACAAGCUAUCAGAACUAACACACCUCCCACCACAUCAUACAUGCAUUGCAAUAGCCAAACAUUUUUCUCCUUAUUUUACAGACAUCACGUAGCCACACAAAGAGGAAUUAUAUGAACGUAGCAUUUCCUGCGAAAUCGGAAAGUUCAAAUGAUAAAUUAUUAUAAACUUACCAUAAACUUAAAUCAGGUUAAGGCAAUU